GUGGGAAGGAAUCAACCGAUUGCAAUAUCUGUUGGAACUACUGCAGAUCACCACCAUAUCUCAGGUGCUUCAACUGUCAUGUUGCCUAUCCUGGAAAGACCCGAAACAUUACCACCCUCUGCGGAACUAUUGAAUAUGCCCUUCAAGACAUCUUCUUUGCCUUCCUUGGUUGGACCUUCUGCUUCUCAGAUGCUGAGAAGUUCCUUUCAGACAUCCAGGCCUCUAAAUAUUCCUCAACUGAACACUACACUAAUGUUUCACACUGAAGGUCAUCAACAAGAUUCAUUGACCCCCAUUACUCUGGUAAGUAAGAACUUUGAAGAGUCCUUGAAUGUAUCCUCAGCUAGGAACAUGAAACUGCCAUUAGAGGUGGGACAUUUCACUCCUGCGAGUCUUACAUCACAUAGAUCCUUGAACACUGAGUUGAUUGGAAAGGAGUUACUUUUGGCUCCUUCAGAAGUUCAAUAUGUACCCAAUGAGGUGUCAAGUUACCAGUUACUCCCAGUUGGAAAAGAACAUGAAGUGUCUGCAUCCUCAAAUGACUCCUAUUUAGAAGCAGUGGGUGCAUUCCCUGUGUCCACAGCAUCUUCCUAUCACACCAGCACCAUCUUCUCCAAACUUUUCCAUUUUCAUCCAAUCUCUCCCAAGUCCAUCAUGGGAAAGAAGAACCCAAUAACUCUAUUUUCACCUUCUGCCUUAUUCCCAGUGAAUCCUCCAGCAUCAUCAACUCCAUCAGAGGAACCACUGGAGGCUCUCAUGAAUCAUCAGGAAUCAUCUGGACUCUCUACCAACAUGCCUUCACGGGUAUCAUCAUCACACUCCUUCUUUGCCAAAUCAUUGAUGAAAUACAAUCCAACCACUCACCAGAUGGUCAGAAAAAGGGCUUCUCUUUCAAGUACUCAAGGAUGGCCAAAACCAAGAGUGAGCACUGGAGAACACAAUUUGAGUACAAGGAACAUUGAUGCUCAGCAUCAAGUGGAAGCAAUCCACAUUGUGCCAGUUUCAUCUGGUACAGAAGCCAGGAACCUCUCUGUGUGGCUGGCCACCACAGACUUCAAACCAACCUCAGUCCCACCAGAUGAUACUGUGAGAUCUGUAGGUCUUCAAGGUUUGUUCCAGAAUUUACCACCACGUACUGUCCUUGCAGGUGCAUCCAUUUCACGUCUUCAAGGCACAACUGUUUUGCCUGUAGGUGGAGGAACAUCCGUCAUGGCAGCAUCACAAAGUGUUUGGAAUAGGUUGAUGCAGCCCAGUGGAAGUGAAACAAAUGUAGCAGGCUAUUCUUCAGCAUCACCAAGACAGGGUCAACAUCUUGAACACAAGAAAGGAGGGAACGUAGGGACUGAAUAUGAAUUUCUGGUUAGAUCUAGUUCUCAACCAGCACAAACAAGCUUAGAAGGUGAACAUCUGGGUGACAAAUGGAUCCAGGAUGUUGUCUCCUCCUUUUCAACUCCUUCUCCAAUGUUUUCCACCAUUCUCAAUGGACCGAGAUUGUCCACAUUAUCCUCCAGUAUUGAGGGACGUGAUGGUAGAGGUCUCCUGAGACAAAGGUCCUAUUGGCAAAAUCCACAACUACACAUCUCUGAGAGCUUCCCAAGUCUUCAAACACAGGUCCAGCCAAACCCAGGAAGCUUUGAACCUCCUUACAACAUUCGGACCAAUGGGGACUUCUUAGUAGACACUGCUAGCAGCACUGGAGCAACCAGUGAAUUACACUCAUACACAUCUGGAGAGCGGGUUGGUCUCACAAGAGAUCCUACAGGAGAAGGGGAUGGAGAUGAUGGAGAAAUCAAUGAAGAUAAUGAUGAUGAUGAAGACGAUGGUUCAGUAUCUGACUUGCCACCAUGGGACUCCAGUACUGAUUUGUUCGACUGGAGAGCACAGCACCAUCGGCGACAGAUGCGUUCAGAUGAUGUUUUUUUAAAUGGUUUGGCCAUUGUGUCUGAUGAUGUCUGCAGUUCUGGAAACUAUACCACGGAAAUGAGACUCCAGCCUGCAAAUCGGGGAAAGACUCUGUAUCCUCCUGGUAGUUUCCUGGCCCAGAUCGUUCUUCACGACAAUGGAAGUCGACCGACUUUGAGUGUCAAGUCGUGUUGUGUGACUGCCACCGCCCGGCCAACCGGACCAGAGGCUGCCUCCUGCUGCCAUUUUCCCAGGUCAGUGCUGGGGUGCAAACAUGUCCAGAUUCACCAGAACAGCAAAUCCAGCAUUGCCAGCUUUGCCAUUCAGCUUUUCCGGAUGCUCAACCAUUCUGUAGCAUACCUGCAUUGCGAGCUCAGUGUCUGUCUCACCGGGUUGGCUGGAUGUGAAGAGAACUGCUUGGAAAACAAAGAGGGGCCUUCCAAGCCGAGCGACAGGAGGAGUUAUGAGACCCUACACAAUGUGAUCUCCUUUGGUCCAGUCCUAAGAAUGGAAGCAGAGUCUCCACUUGGACCGGCUCCAGGUUCUCCUCUCAGCGUGAUGUUCCUGGCCUUCCUACUCUCCUUGACCGGCACCAUUGGUGUAGUGGGGACCAUUGUAGUUCUAUGGGUGCGUUGGAGGGGGCAGGCGCAAAAGGGACCUCCCUUGGCUCCCCUGGCAGGAAGCGAAUCCCCUUGAGACCCCCAAGCGUCCAUCCCAGUAGUCAUCGCUUGGGUGAAUUGGGACCACUGCUUUCCCUGCGGAGCGGCUCUUUCAGUAGGGAGACUCCAACCUCUGCUUCUCUAUUUCUCUGCCUUCAGGAGAGAGGCGUUAAAACCAUAGAUAGGGGAUGGAGGAGGUUGCGGAAUCUGAAAGAGGGAAAGAGUGGGCUUUGGGAAGAAAAGGAAAGAAGGAAGAAAGAAAAAAAGGGGAAGGAGGGAGAGAAGGAAGGAAAGAGAGAGGGAAGGAAAGAAAAAGAGGGAGGGAAUAAAGGAAUGCAAAAGAGGGUAGUAAAGAAAAAGAGGGAGGAAAAAAAAGGAGUAGGGAAGGAAGAAAGAAAACAUGAAAAGGGAAGAGAGGGAAAGGAGAAGGGAAGGAAGGGAGGAAAAAGAGGGAGGGAAGGACAUAAGGAAGGAAGGAAGGAAGGAAGAGGGAAAAAGAGGAAGAGAGAGGGAAGAGGAGGAGGGAA